AUGUCAACUGUCAGGGUCUGUGAAGAAAUUGUCUCGGAGUCUGUCCUCAUGUUGAUUGCCACAAAUACACUGGAUUCCCAAAGUAACUGUUGUGCACCAAUAAUCCUGCUGGCUGCCUUCGCAAUCCUGGUCCUGAUCUCGGAGAGCGUCUGGCCACGUGGCUGUGUGUUGGACUGCACCAAGGGGCGACACCGAUCCGUGUGUGGGAGCGAUGGUCGGCUCUACAAAUCCCUCUGCACCUUCCAGAGGGCGCACUGCAUCAACACGGAGCUAAGGAUCGCUCCCCGAGCGCACUGCGCCGACCCUGCCCAGUCGAAGUGCCAGCAGGCACGCGCCCAGGCCCUGGACUCCAGCAGCCGCAGUGAUGCAGGCGGUGUGUUUGUCCCAGAAUGCACCGAGGAGGGAACCUUCCUGCAGGUUCAGUGCCACAGCCAGACUGGGUACUGCUGGUGCUCCACCCCAGAUGGCAAGCCAGUGAGCGGCACUUCAGUCCUGCAUCAGCGACCCAACUGCACAGGCUCAUACCCCGAAAGGCCAUCCAGUCCGGAGAGAGACUCUGCUCAGAGAGAAGAGGGGAGCCGACUGAGGCCUACCCCCGAGUCCAACAGCGCCCCCAGUCUCCCAGCCGAAGAAAUCACAGCCCCACCCUUCUGGGUGACCAUCCUGUUGAACUCUGACCCCAGAGGAAACCGCUCGGCCAAGCGCCCUACAGACACCCAUCUGUCCUGCGAGAGGGAGAGAAUCCAGGUCCUGGACCAGGCCCGGGUUCUGGGCAGGGACGACUUGUUUGUGCCGGAGUGCAGGUCCGACGGCCGGUUCAGCCCAGUCCAGUGCCACCGGGCCACGGGGUACUGCUGGUGUGUCCGAGCGGAGACUGGGCGGCCCCUGCCCGGUACCUCCAACAGAAACCGGCUGCCAGACUGCAGUGCUGCAGAGUCCGCGAGGUCAGGACUGUCGGACAGGGACUACAGAGACAGGGCCCUGCCUGGCUGCCCUGGCCCCAAGAAGAGGGCCUUUCUCCACCAGCUGCUCCAGGCUCUGCUGCAGGAGGCCAGACAGACCAGUGGAUCACUGCUGCUUCCAAGCCCCGUGUCUGUGUCGCCAGCCCCCUCCUCUCCCCCCGCCGCCGCCCCGGCUCCGGCCCCGGGAGCUCUGGAGGUGUCCGACGCGGAGCUGGCGCUGCGCCGGUACUUUGCCCAGCUGGACGAGGACGGCAGCGGCGCCCUGAGCGAGAGGGAGGCGCGCCCCCUGCAGCAGUACGUGCGAAGGAAGGUGCGCCCUCGCCGCUGCGGCAGGAAGCUCGCCCAGUACUGCGACAUCGACGACGACCGCGCCCUGACGCUGGCUGAGCUCACGGCCUGCCUCGCCCUGGCCCGUGCCAUGAAGGGAGGGCUGGAGACGGAUGAGUCUCCGGUUCUCGUGUUUCCCAGCAGAUCCUCUCUGUCCCGCCCACCUCCUCUGCUCACCGAGCCUGUCCGGCCAGAGGUGCUGGUGACCCAGCGGAGCCCAGGAGGGACGGGGCUCGGCCCAGGCGGCCUCUGCUCUGUGCAGCUCCCGGGGGACGCAGCGAGGGUCCCGCCUCCGCAGCGAGAGUCAUCCAGGCGGCUGGCGGUCGACGCGGACACACAUUCUCGCCGCAGCGCGAGGUCAGCUCUGGAGUCGCUGCAGGGUGCUCGUGCAGCAGCAGCUCUCCAGAGCUUCGAGAGGCUGGCGAGCGAGAGGGCAGGCGCACAGAGAGGGGGCCUGGCUCAUUCUGACACGCGCCUCAUCCUCACUGAUCUGCAACAGCGGCUUCGGCGCGACAGGCUGGUCCUCAGUUUCAGCCCCCGGGGCAUCACAAGGGGGCGCCACGUCUCCGAGGUGCUUUUCGUGGGCCCUCGGCGGCCUCGGGUCCUGAAGGAUAUAGAUAUCCACCUCCAGUGUGCUUCAGACGGGUUUGAGGCGCAUGGGGUGUGUGGUGGCCGCAGAGGCCCCUGGGACGGGCGCGUCUGUCCACCCCUCUCCGCCCCUGGCACUCCCCCAGGGCUCAGGGCUCAGGAAGUCACGAGGCCCCCUAGCACCAGGAUACCCUACGUCCGCCUCCUGAGGGCACAGGCCUCAUCCCCGACUCCUCCCGUGUUCCGAGCCCGGGGUCUGGAGGAUCUCCAGCCUGCUGUGGAGUGUGUCCGGGGCCGAGUGGGCGGAAAUCUAAUUUACCCCAGGCAGUGCAGGAUGUGUGCAAGCGCGCCUCGCACGCGCGUGUGGUUCGCUCUCGCGGGUGACAGCGAGCAGAGAGCUGGGGUGCACCAGACGGGAGCUGUCUCUGCUGACCGGCGACUGAGGCCCUGCCACGUGUCGCCCUCGCCCGCUAAUGAGGACAGCAGGUGCAAACUCACAGCCGUUUCCUCACCCGGGCUCGAGCAGCGGAGCGGAGCGGGUCGGGGGCGCCGUGUAUCGGGCAGGGCCGUGUUUCGCCGGGCGUCCAGCUGCUCUGUCCACGCCGGCGCGGAAACCGCUCAGCGCCCUCCCUUGAGUGCCGGCCUGCGGUUCAUUUGA